AGUGGCUUUCAAAAUAAAAGCCCUAGCUACACGCCGAGUUUCCAGCAACCUUGAAUCCGAAAGCAACGGCGUUGACGGCGCAUGGCAGAGCAAGAAGACCUACAGGACAUAGAUCCCAUCUCCACUCUUCUUCUACCGGAAUAUCAUGAAAACGGAUUCGACAUGCUGGCAGACGGCGCAGCCAAACAACAGCUGCAGCACCGCCAUUACCUCUCUUCUAUUGACUCUACGAUACUCAUCAGGCAGCUCCCAUCGCAAGGCCUCUCCUUCCAACUCUGGCCGGCAGCAACCACGCUCCUCACUCUCCUUGAUCGCCACCGCUCCCAUUCCGCUACCAGCCAACUCUCAUCGAUCCUCGCUGCCUUAUCAUCCAACAACUCGCCUCUCAAUGUACUCGAGCUCGGUUCCGGCACUGGCCUGGCCGGAAUCGCAGCAGCUAUCACUCUCGGUGCCAAUGUCACGGUAACUGACCUACCUCACGUGAUUCCUAACCUCCAAUUCAACGUCGACGCCAAUGCUAACACGGUGGCUCUUCAAGGCGGGAGCGUCAAGGUGGCGCCACUCAGGUGGGGAGUGGAUGGUGAUGGUGAUGUGGAGAUUAUAGGAAGGGAUUUUGAUGUAAUAUUGGCAUCUGAUGUGGUUUACCAUGAUCAUCUUUACGAGCCUCUGCUUUAUACGCUGCGUGUGCUAGUGGGCGUAGGCGAGCAGAAGAAGAAGAAUGUGUUUGUCAUGGCUCAUUUGAGGAGGUGGAAGAAGGAUUCCGUGUUCUUCAAGAGGGCAAGGAAAUGGUUUGAUGUUGAGGCUUUUCACAUGGACAAACCGUGCGAUGGGUCAAGAAUUGGUGUUGUGGUUUACAGUUUUGUUCGCAAGAGUCAAAAAUUGCAAACCGGGCUAGUAAACAAUCAGUCAUCAUCAAUGAAAUGAAUGCGUCUAUUUUUUUUCAUGCA